AUGGAAGAAAAGUUAAAUGAAAUGGAACAAGCUGGUAUCAUCACAAGGACAUCAACGCCUUACAGUAGUCCAUUGACAUUCACUCUUAAAAAAGACGGCUCAAUUAGAGUUCUGCUUGAUGCCAGAAGCAUAAAUAAGAAAAUGGUUGCAGAAACAGAGAAACCACCUAUACAAUUAGAUGUUUUGAAUUCAUUUCACGGAGCGAAUUAUAUCACUACCAUUGACUUAAAUAAUGCAUAUUUUCAAAUUCCGAUAAAUAAAGAUGGUAGAAAAUAUACUGGAUUCACAUUCAAUGGAAAGUCAUAUGUAUAUAAUGUUUUGCCGCAAGGAUUAAAAACAUCAGUAGGAAGCUUUAGCAGAGCCAUGAAUUUAAUAUUAGGACCAGAAGUCCAAGAAUUUUGUGUGAACUAUUUAGAUGAUCUAGCCAUUAUUACAACAGGAACGUUAGAUAAACAUUUGGAGCACAUUGAUAUUGUUUUAAGUAAAUUGAACAAAGCUGGCUUAACGUGUAACUUGCAGAAAUGUGAAUUUAUUUGUAAAGAAAUUAAAAUGCUGAGUUUUAUAAUUUCAACAGAAGGCAUAAAGACAGAUCCCGAUAAGAUUCGAGCGAUCCAAGAGUUUCCAGCACCUAAAAAGAUUAAACAAUUAAGGGCCUUUUUAGGUCUAUGCAAUUUUUAUAGAAGGUUUAUACCAAAUUACAGCGAGAGCAUAAUACCGCUCUGUGAAUUACUUAAAAAGGGACGAAAGUUCCAAUGGAGCGGUAAAGAACAGAAGGCAUUUGAUUUUAUAAAACAACAAUUUAUUAAUACAAUACAAUUGCAUCAUCCAGACUUUAAUUAG